AUGGAUGAUGUUCGGUGGCGCAAAGCCAUGGCUGAAGAGAUCAAAGCUCUGGACAGAACAAGACAUGGACUCUUGUUGACUUACCCCAUGGGAAGAAGGCUAUUGGAUAUUGAAGGAAUCGACCAUGAGGAAACUUUCGCUCCAGUUGCAAAAAUGAAUACAGUUCGCUUGUUCUUAAAUGUUGCAGCAGGAAGAAACUGGCUUGUCCACCAGAUGGACUUGCAUAACGCGUUCCUUCACGGAGACCUCGACGAAGAGGUUUACAUGAAAUUGCCUCCAGGUUUCGCUGAUUCUGAUGGCAGCCAGGUUUGUCGCCUAAACAAAUCUCUGUAUGGUCUAAAACAGGCUCCGCGAUGCUGGUUCACCAAGCUUCAGACCGCAUUGAAAGAUUACAGGUUCGAACAGUCUCUCUCUGAUUACUCUUUGUUCACGUUUGCUAACUCUGGUGUGAAUCUAAAUGUUUUAGUCUACGUUGAUGAUAUGAUUAUCUCUGGGAGCUCUCUUGAUGUUAUUACAGCAUUCAAGAGUAAUCUCUCAUCGUGUUUUCAUAUGAAGGAUCUUGGUGAGCUCAAGUAUUUUCUGGGAAUAGAAGUGGCACGUAAUAAAUUGGGAAUUUACAUGAGUCAACGCAAAUAUGCAAUGGACAUUAUUGUCGACACCGGGAUGAUGGGUUCGAAACCAGUUAUAUAUGUGCGACAGCCAAUCUGCUCUCCACAUCGCCAACAAUCCCGUUUUCAUGAAAGGACAAAACACAUCGAGAUUGACUGCCACUUUGUCCGAGAUGAAUGUUUGCUCAAAACUAUCCGACUCACUCAUGUCUCGACUACAGACCAAUUGGCCGACAUCUUCACCAAACCACUUGGUCGUCAAUCCUUUGACUACUUUAAGAUCAAAUUGGGCAUUCAAAACCUGCAUGCUCCAACUUGA